CGGCAAAAGUUGCUGUAGCUCAAACCAAAUUCAACGUUCCCGAGCACAAAAAGCACUGCGAAAAGCGGCUUUCUUCGCCACAGAAAAAGCAGAAGUAAUAAUUACCAACCGGCGAAAUCAGCUGUAGCCCUUGUGUGAGUGGGUGCGUGGUGUACGUGUGAGCGGGAGAGACAUCUCGACGUGAGUGUGUGCGUGCGUGCGUGUGUUUGCGUCGCUCCUCCAAUCAGAAAGUCCAGGAUAUCCGAAAAAAAAAACAUCUGUGAAAUUUUCCUAUUGAAAAUUUGAAAAAUGGAUCUAAACUUUGCGGAACUGAAGAAGGAGGCGGCGGCCACCAACGAGGACAUCUUCCAGCGGGCACAGAAGGCCUACGACGAUUCGGGACUCGGCGGCGAUGCUGGAAAUGUGAGCGGUGGCGCCCAGGAUGAUAAUGCUCAUACGGAGCACUAUUUCGCCAAUGAGCAGAAGAAUCUGGAUUUCGGGGAGCCGCAGGAGUUUGUUCAACAUUUGUCCUCCGGCGCCAAGGAGCUGGACACCAAAAUUUCCCAGAAAGCGGACGAUUUCGAGGACUUUCUGCGCGACGCCGGCAAGGAGGUGAAGCAGGGCAUCAGUGGACUGACCACCGAUUUUAUGAAUGCUGAACGGGGAUUUGCUGCUCCUUUGGCGCCCUUCUCAGAGGCUCCAGCUGCUCCGGCUGCUCCAGUAAGGCCAGCAGUUCCUCCGCCAGCUGUUCCGGCUCCUGCUGCUCCUGCUCCCGUGGAGGAGGACCUCCUGGGCAGCUUCAGUGACCAGCCAACGGCUCCACUUCAGGCCUUCCAGCCCACGGCUCCGUCCAAGGCCAAUUUCUAUGAUGAUGAUGACGACGAAGAGGAGAAGGAGGAUGAGGACUUCCUGGGCAAGCCAAUAGCUGCUGCCCCAGCUGCUCCUGCUGCUGCUCCACUGACCCAUGCCAACCAGGAUUCGGACACCGAAUCGCCGUCCGUCUCGUACACUCCAUCGCCGGCCAAGAAACCCAUUGUGGAUGCCCUCAAGGAGCAGGACAAUGAGAAAUUUAUCUCUUCGGAGGAUCUGUUGAGUGACUUUAAGGAGGCAGCAGCUCCAGCUCCCAUUUCCAUACCCACUCCCGCUGCAGUUGCUCCGCCGCCAGUUGUUGCCAAAUCCCCAGUGGUUCCAGUGGCUGUUCCCGUGACAACCGCUUUGGUAACCGAUCUGGAUGACGAGGAGGUGGUCUUCAAGCCCAGUGUCCAGGAGACGACCAAACCAGAGCCGCCCAAGCUGAAGGAGGAGCCGCCCAAGCCAAAGGCUGUGCCUGUUCCAUCAUCAUCAUCUCCGCCGCAGCCCAAGAUUGUGUCCGUCGAGGAGAUCUUCUACAAAUACGGAUUGGAUGCCUGGUUUAAGCCCGAACGUUUACACCCGCAAGUGGAGUCCCUUAUCUACUGGCGCGAUGUGAAGAAAUCCGGCAUUGUUUUCGGCGCCGGCCUGAUCACAUUGGUGGCCAUCUCCAGCUUCUCGGUGAUCAGUGUGUUCGCCUACUUGUCGCUUUUGGCUCUUUUCGGAACCGUGGCCUUCAGAAUCUACAAAUCGGUCACACAGGCCGUGCAAAAGACAAACGAGGGACAUCCCUUCAAGGAAUAUCUGGAGCUGGAUCUGACGCUGUCGCAGGACAAGGUGCAGAACAUUGCCGGCGUGGCUGUGGCACAUAUCAAUGGCUUCACCUCCGAGCUGAGGCGUCUGUUCCUGGUUGAGGAUAUCAUCGAUUCGAUCAAGUUCGGCGUCAUUCUGUGGGUCUUCACCUACGUGGGUGCCUGGUUCAAUGGCAUGACUCUGGUCAUCUUGGCCUUUGUCUCGCUGUUUACCUUGCCCAAGGUUUACGAGAACAACAAGCAAUCCAUCGACACCUACUUGGAUCUGGUGCGCAGCAAAUUGACAGAAAUCACCGACAAGAUCCGAGUGGCCAUCCCCAUUGGCAACAAGAAGCCCGUGGCCGCCGCCACCGAGUCUGACAAGGAGAAGUAAAGAACCCGCGCACUAGCAACAGAAACAAAACCACAAUAAAAACAUGUUUAUUUAUUUAUUAAGCAUUAUUUGAAUGGUUUUAAUAUUCAUCCAGGCAUUAAAUAAAUAACAAGUCUAGCAAUGUUUACAUAUUAAUUGUAUAAUUGCAAUCUACAUCAAUCGAUAAUUGUAAAUCAAAUUUAAAAAACAACCCAAACAACAAGAACUUAUCAACCAACAACUCGUAGCAGUUUCAAACAUUGUCCAAGUGUCUUUAAGUUUUUAACGAACGAAACAACAAACAAAAAAGAAAAACAUCAAAAGUAAGGGAGA